GAGAGUGUGUUCCCGGAGUAGAUGUUCGAGUUCCCUGGCUGCGACCCCAAAAUGAGCUAGGAAUUGUGGGGGUGUAGGCCUUCAUCGACCCUCCCCUAUUCGUUUGGAAACUCCAGUGGGACUAGAUUUAUCCUUCGGAAGCCUCCAGGAGUCGGAGCCAGAAUGACCCACCGGAUCCCUCUGGAUUCCUCGGCUUCUCAGAUCAGCUGUCUGGAUCUGUGGAAGGAGAAUAAUAAUCAGCUAGUGCGACAGCUCAAGGUGGCUUGGGACUCAGAUCUGUCUUGGAAGCGACAGCAUUUAUCUCUGGACGCACUGCAAGGCUUCUCCGGACUCCUCCUUAGUCUGCGAGGGCUGCCUGCGACUGUUACUAUUCUCCCCUUGGAACUGACUGUCACCUGCAACUUGAUUAUCCUGAAGGUGAACCUGGCCCGGGGAUUCAUGGAGGACCUGGUCCAGGAUAUCCAACAUGGCUUGGAGAGAGUGCUGGAGACCCAAGAGCAACAGGGUCCCAGAUUGGAGCUUGUGCUCAAAGGCCUUUGGGACUCUGCACUGCAUGCUUCUGCCCAGCUGCCUGAGCUGCUCCCUGCCCUGCACCACCUGGCUGCCCUACAAGCUGCCCUCUGGCUGAGCACUGACAAGCUUAGAGAACUGACCUUGCUGCUGCAGAUUUUGAAUGGCAGUCAGAAUGGGGCCUCAGAGGACCUGCUACUGCUUCUGAAAAAAUGGACUCCUCCAUCUUCAGGGUCAGAUGCCCCAUUGACUCUGCAGGAUGCUCGGGACUUGAAGGGCAUCCUUCUGACAGCAUUUGCUUUCCGCCAAGGCCUCCAGGAGCUGAUUGCAGGGAAUUUCUCCAAGGCACUGAACAACCUUCAUGAAGCAGCCUUAGGUCUAUGCUCUCGGCCUGUGAUGGUCCAGGUGUAUACGGCCAUGGGCACCUGUCUUCGAAAACUGGGUAAUCCACAGAACGCUGUGCUAUACCUGCUGACUGCCCUGAAAGGAGGAUCAGCCAGUGGUCCCCUGCUUUUGGAAGCCUCCAGGAUAUAUCAGCAACUAGGGAACACAGAGGCAGAGCUAGAAAGUCUGGAGCUGCUAGUUGAGGUCUUAAGUACUACUCAGAGCCAUGGAUCCCCUCCACUUCUCAUUGAGGUAGAGUUGCUACUCCCACCACCUGACCCAGCCUCACCUCUUCACUGUGGCACACAUAGCCAGGCCAAGUACCUGCUAGCAAGUCGAUGCCUACACACAGGAAGGGCAGAGGCCGCUGCUGAGCAUUACUUGGAUCUACUGGCCAUGUUAUUGGAUGAUUCCGAGCCAAAGGUAUAUCUAUGCUACAUCCUUCUCCCACCCCAGUUUUCUUCACCCCUCGGUACUCCCAGGCCCAGUAUGCCUGAGGUGUUUUUGGAGGCAGCAGCAGCACUGAUCCAAGCAGGUCGCGCCAAUGAUGCUUUGACUGUGUGUGAGGAACUGCUCAGCCGCACUUCACCAUUACUUCCCAAGAUGCCAUGGCUGUGUGAGGAUGCCAAGAGAAGAACCGCAACCACAGCGUCACCACACUGCCCACUCUGGGUCUCUGCCACUUACCUACUUCAGGGCCAUGCCUGGUUGAAAGUGGGGUCCCACAAGGAAGCAAUUAGUGAAUUUAGCCGGUGCCUUGAACUGCUUUUCCGAACUACACCUCAGGAUAAAGAACAAGGGCCUGUUUCCAACUGUGAGCAGGAGUAUAUGUCAGAAGUGGCACUACCACAGCUUCGUGCGGCUGCCCUGGUUAGUCGUGGACUGGAGUGGGUGGCUAGUGGCCAGGACAUAAAAGCCCUACAGGAUUUCCUCCUUGGUGUGCAGAUGUGUCCAGAUGAUCGAGAUACUUCCUUUCACCUGCUUCGGACUCUGAGGAGGCUGGAUAGGAGAGAAGAGGCCACUGCUCUCUGGCGGAAACUUGAUGCCCAGGCUAAGUUGCCACAGGAGAGUACUACAUGGUCUAUCCCCUUGUACCUAAAAAUUUGUUUGAGCUGGAUCCAUCCCCCUGACCGCGAAAUGCUUGUUGAAGAAUUUCGGACAUCUGUGCUGGAACCUUGUGACCUGUAGCUGCCAUUCUGAGAAGAGUCUGAACUGCAACCGCAGGGGCCAUCUCUGGCAGGGAAGACUUUUUGCAUCACUAUUCAUAUGGAAUGUGAUUGUAACUGACUAUAUAUGCUUAACAGGAACAAAUAAUUCCAUGAAGUUUGUCCUAGUUACUGCCAUUCUGGUCCCAGAUGAAGCUCCCCUCUACCAACAAACCAUUGACUUUGCUUUGGUAUUUUUUUU